AUGUCCGAACAGCAAGCAAACAACAGCACCAACACCUCUCAGGCGGCAGACGACAAAAAAGAGGGUGCCGAGCAUAUUAACUUAAAAGUAGUUGGGAAUGACCAUAACGAAGUUUUCUUUAAAAUCAAGCGCACAACACAGCUGAAGAAGCUAAUGGAAGCUUAUUGUGAGAGACAAGGAAAGGCUAUGGCCUCUGUACGUUUCCUGUACGAUGGAGAGCGCAUACAAGCACAUCAUACACCUGCUGAGCUUGACAUGGAAGAUGGCGAUGCAAUUGACGUUAUGGUUGAACAAUUAGGUGGCGCAGUCUCAUUCUAA